AGGCACUAUGGUAAGUGUUUGUUUAUCUCAUUUUAAACUCAAUGAUAGAAAUCUUAGUAUAACCGAAUCUAACAUUUAACCAAAGUGUUGUAAUCCAUAAAUCCAGUGUUUUAUUUUGAAAUGUUAAUCAACUGUGCACUUGGGUUUAGCUCGGUAGGUCUGUAAAUAUAUAGGUCUAUAUCCUCGAGACAGUUGGAUAGUGCAAAUGCGUACAGCAAAGAGCUCGGUUGAAGAAAAGACUACAAAUAUUGUCACAUGGUAAGAAGGCCCGGAAAUAAUUUGUCUGUCAAAUCCGGCGAAGAUGAUAACAGUAGUAGGCUGGCGUAAAUGUGGCUGGUGUAAGAACACAACAGUUUACAACAGAUAUCCCCUUCAUUCUCGAUCGGAAAACGGUUCGGUUACGUACCGCAAAUUUAUUUCUCUUGCUACGAGCAAUGUAGGCUGAUGAAACGGAACAGACGGCAAAACUUCGUAAAACUACACAUUAUUCUACAUGGACAAAGACAAGUUCGCUGUGAGCCAUGACCCAUGCUCCUGGUUGGAGAUGCACCAGUUCAUUGGAGACCUGAUGGUGUCUGGGGGGACUCUGGGGCUAAAAGACGCCCCACCAGCAGGCCCAGGCUCAUCCCCAUGCUCAGCCCAGCCCAGACAGGUCCAGGCCCAGGUAGAGAGCAUUAGAGAGGCCAGAGACAUCAGUGGACAAACUCAGCACCAUACCUGCACUUGCCCUGGAUGCCCCUACUCUUCAUCUUCCUCCAUCCAGACCAUAAAGCCUAGCAGCACCUACAGCCCAGAGCUCAGUCAGCCCCAGAGUCAGGCCAAGGAUAGCAGCACCCAGAGCCCAGCCCCUACCACUCUCACCACCCAGGGUACUUCUUCACCAAGUCCCCUGCCCCAAAUCCCCACCUUCCCUUGUUUCUGCUGCCGCCGGGGCUUCCAGACCUGCACCCAGCUACAGCAUCACCAACCGGGGGCAGCAGACUUUCCCUUCUCCCAGACACACACCUACUACCACCACCACUGCCCCCUUACCAUCUGCCUGCCCCACCACCACUCCCACCCUGGCCUGUCCCCUGGCACCUUCCCCAGCCUGUCCUGCCAGCAUUCCUUCCCCUCCUGCUCCCAGCUCUUCCACGAGCAUCAGGGCCACACCCCCCCCCAGAACAAUGUUGGAGGGGUGACCAUAGUGUCCCCUACCCUACACCCAUGCAUGCACUGUCCAGCCUCCUUCCCCCGACCCUCUCAGCUGCUACAGCACCAGCGCACCCAGCACGCUCACAAGGCUGGCGGCUUCCUGUGCACUGAGUGCGGGCGCGCCUUCAACUCCCACUCCAACCUCCGCAUCCACCUCAACGUACACACCGGCGCCCGGCCCUACUCAUGCCCUGACUGCGGCAAGAGUUUCAGCCAGUCGGGAGCGUUGAAGAUCCACCGUCGCAUCCACACUGGGGAGAGACCCUAUACCUGCACCUACUGUGGGAGGGGCUUCCCCCACCUGGCCGGGGUCCGGGCCCACCAAAGGACCCACACAGGUGAGAAGCCCUACCGCUGCACCCAGUGUGAGAAGUGCUUCACCCAGUCGGGGGCACUGAAGAUCCACACAAGGAUCCACACUGGGGAACGACCGUUUGUGUGCAGCCUCUGUGGGAAGGGCUUCUCCAACCGCUCCGGCAUCCGCUUCCACCAGCGCACUGUCCAUGGGAUGGUGUCGGAUAUGGGAGGGGGUGGAGGAGCCAGUCGGUCCCAUAGGGGGAGACAGAGUCUAGGCAGCUCAGCUGCUGUGGGACGCCCCAGUGCCAAUCCAAACCGGUUACACAACAACCCCCAUACUGAUGUGACCUCCAGCAUUACUCCUGCCCCGACAAAAAUCCUGUCCCCUGGGUCUCUCCUUGCUCCUCCAGGGUCAGGUCUGACUGUAACCUCAGACAAAGAGCUCCAGUUCCAGUCUAGCGGUGUGAAGAUCCCCUCCAGGAGAGCAGAACCAGGCAGUAGCAAGGAAGGAAGGGCUCAGCUGUACACCUGUGAGGACUGUGGGCUGCUUUUUGGGGACGCUCCCUCCAGAAACCGACACCAAACUGUAGUGCACUACUCUACAGAAGGGGUCGAGGAGGAGGGCCUGGGGGACACUGGGGGGGAGGGGUGAGAGAUGGUAGAUGGAAGCUUGAUGCAGUACAUCGUUGGAUCAAAGGCUAAGGGAGAGGUGGGUGAAAAUGGAAAGGUGAGAAGAGGCAGAAAGCUUGAGACUCAUUGAGGAAAAAUAAUAUGUAAAUGCAUGGUGGUGAAGGGAGGUGAGAAGAAAGUUAAUUCCACAGUGAACAAUAAACACUCUCUAUCAAUGGGAUAUAUUACUUAUUUGAGAUUGAAUUUCCACUUUAAAAGAUGCACUAAUUUUCACAUUUUGGGAGUCCAAUUUUCUGUUUGUCAAAAAGCCAAUUACCAUGAUUAGGCUACUAAAGAUGAUUAUUUGAGAGCUUUUGAUUAUUUUUGUAUUUAUUUUACUGGUUUGGCAAAAUCCACAGAUAGCAUCAUCUCAAAUGUAUGACACUGUAAGACAUUGUCCCUUAGGGCAGCGCACAAUUGGCCCAAUGUCGUCCGGGUUAGGGGAGGGUUUGGCCGGGGUUGGCCGUCAUUGUAAAUAAGAAUUUGUUCUUAACUGACUUGCCUGGUUAAAUAAAUAGUAAGUGAAGAUAUGUUGUAUUUAGCAUCAUUAUGUAAUUUAUAUUUUGUAAUAAUAUAAACUGAUAUUGUUGGCCCAUAUAAACUUGUGUAUAUCAGUUU